AAUCCAACCAAAACAAACUGAAAAUGACUUCCACUUUGAAAGUCAGUUUCAGAGGCAUUGUACCUACUUCAUCACCUCUGAAGUCUCGACCACACGUUUUAGACUCAUUGUAUGUAGCCAAGUUUCCAACCACCACCAUACUAUGUCCUCCUAAGCUUCGACUUCAAGCUAAAACAACCAGAGCUUCACUCUCUGCAACAAUGGCAACUGGUGUGCAAGAGGCUCUUCCACCAGCUCUUACUUCUACCUCAGACCCUCCUUCAAUCUUCGAUGGGAAAACAAGGUUGUAUAUAUCUUACACAUGCCCAUUUGCACAGCGUGCGUGGAUUGCCCGGAACUGCAAGGGAUUGGAGGAAAAGAUAGAAUUGGUUCCUAUUAAUCUGCAAGACAGGCCUUCUUGGUACAAGGAGAAAGUCUACCCUCCUAACAAGGUGCCAUCACUGGAACACAAUAACGAAGUCAAAGGAGAGAGUCUUGAUUUGAUUAGAUACAUCGACAGUAACUUUGAAGGGCCUUCACUGUUCCCUGAUGAUCCUGCAAAGAGAGAGUUUGCAGAAGAGUUGUUUACCUACACCGACUCCUUCAGCAAACCCGUGAUUUCCUUUUUUAAAGGAGAAGGAACUGAGGCAGCUGCUGGUGCUGCAUUUGACUAUAUUGAAACUGCCAUUUCCAAAUUUGAAGAUGGACCUUUCUUUCUUGGCCAAUUCAGUCUGGUGGAUAUCGCUUAUGCACCAUUCAUUGAUAGAUUUCAGCAUUUUGCAUUGGAUGUGAAGAAAUAUGACAUCACUGCAGGGAGACCUAAACUAGCAGCAUGGAUUGAGGAGAUGAACAAAAAUGAAGGUUUCAAUAAGACCCGACGUGAUCCCAAAGAGCUCGUUGAAAGCUACAAGAAACGCUUUUCGGCUAAGGUCUGAGAUGUGCAUAAACAAAUUGGAAGGGGUGCUGCAGAUGUUCCAAAUUUGGCUUCCAUUUUCUCAUAUCUUUGUAUGCCACUGCUAAGUACUAAUAAUGCAUUCUGGGAAUAUGGUGAACCAUAUCAUGUAGUCAGCUCAUUGCCUAUUCCUUGUAUCUGCAACUUAAUAUUAGUCUAUCAAAUUCUGAAGUUACAUUGUUGAAAUCAUUUUUCCAAAACUGUAAA